CCUCAGGAACCGCCUCGGGGUGUUUUUGUACCUCUGGGAGCACGGCUGGUUCGACAGUCUGCUGCUGGACAUCGACCGCGCCCCCCAGAUCAUCAAAACUCUGGAUGCAGCGGUGAUUAAGAUGGAGGGGGGCACGGAGCACGACCUGCGGAUCCUGGAGCAGGAGGAGGAGGAGGAGCGGGCGGAAAAGGCCGAAGGGCCCAAAAAGGAGGAGCCACGGCCCCCAGAACCGGCGGGGAAAGGCCCCGCGGAGCGCCCCGAUGGCGAUGACAGCACCAAGGCCGAAGGGGCGGAGCCAGGGGCGGAGCCUGCAGCAGGGGCGGGGCCAGAGGAGGAGGGGCCGGAGAAGGGACCCAAGGCAGAGGAAGGCGACAAGGAGGGCGGGGCCAAGGUCAGCGGGCACGACCCCAACUGACCACACCCACUGAGCCACGCCUUGUGGUGGAGCCACACCCCUCUGCUGCUAGCCACACCCCCUGCUGUUAGCCACACCCCCUCCUGUUAGCCACACCCCCUCCUGUUAGCCACACCCCUCUGCUGUUAGCCACAACCCCUACUGUUAGCCACAUCCCUCUGCUGUUAGCCAC